AUGGCCAAAAAUGAUGCGGUGAUACAAAGUCAAGCUGCCUCUCUUCGAAACCUUAAGUUGCAACUUGGACAUUUGGCUAAUGAAUUAAAAGCUAGGCCGCAAGGUUCUUUGCCUAGCGACACGAAAAAUCCAAGGAAGGAUGGGAAGGAAAAAUGCAAAUCCAUUCAACUAAGGAGUGGCAAGCAUCUGAAAAAUUCUGAGGAGGAAAUAAAGGGUAGUGGGGAGCCCACUUCAAUCCAAAUCGACGAAAAAUUUAGUAACAAAACUGCCCAGGAAAUUGCUAAUACCAGCCCAGUUGAUACAGCAAGGGGUCAGCAACCUGACAGUCAGCAAUCCGCACCAGUAUGUUCUAGUCCUACACCACCCCUUCCAUUUCCUCAAAGAUUUCAGAAACAGCAGCAAGAUGGGCAAUUCAAGAAGUUUUUAGAUGUGUUGAAGCAGCUCCAUAUCAAUAUUCCCUUGGUGGAAGCAUUGGAGCAAAUGCCGAAUUAUGUCAAGUUCUUAAAAGAUAUUUUGACGAAGAAAAGGAGGUUGGAGGAGUUUGAAACUGUAGCUCUCACCGAAGGAUGCAACGCCAUGUUAAAAAGUAAGAUUCCACCGAAGUUGAAGGAUCCUGGUAGUUUUACAAUCCCUUGUUCCAUUGGGGGACGGGAUGUUGGAAGAGCCUUACGUGAUUUAGGUGCAAGCAUCAACCUCAUGCCUAUAUCGAUCUUUAAGAAGUUGGGUAUUGGUGAAGCCUGUCCUACAACUGUUACAUUGCAGCUUGCUGACAGGUCCAUGGCCCAUCCAGAAGGAAAAAUAGAAGAUGUUCUAGUACAGGUUGACAAGUUCAUUUUUCUAGGUGAUUUCAUCAUCCUAGACUAUGAAGCUGAUAGAGAUGUGCCUAUUAUAUUGGGUCGGCCAUUCCUUACUACCGGGAGAACUCUGAUUGAUGUGUAA